AUGUUGUUACGCCGUCUUCUCCUCCGCUCUAUCCGUUCAUCCACCGUCCCUCCCAUUUCCAUCACCGCACGAUCCUUCGCAUUUUCCUCCGCCGAAGAAGCCGCCGCUGAGCGCCGUCGUCGUAAGCGAAGACUUCGCAUCGAGCCUCCCUUGAACGCAAUCCGUCCUCCACCUCACCAACACCAAUCCCGCGACCCUAACGCUCCUCGCCUUCCCGAUUCAACAUCCGCGCUUGUAGGACCUCGACUGAACCUCCACAACCGUGUCCAAUCCCUAAUUCGUGCAGGUGACCUAGACGCCGCCUCCGCCGUAGCUCGCCAUUCAGUAUUCUCAUCUACUCGGCCUACUGUGUUUACUUGCAACGCUAUCAUAGCAGCGAUGUACCGCGCCAAGAGGUACACUGAGGCUAUUGCUCUUUUUCACUUCUUCUUCAACCAAUCUAACCUUGUUCCUAAUAUUGUUUCUUACAACAACUUAAUCAAUACUCACUGCGAUGAAGGCCGCGUCGAUGUGGCUCUUGGGAUUUAUCGCCACAUCAUUGAUCAAGCACCUUUUAGCCCCUCCCCUGUUACGUUUCGCCAUCUUACUAAAGGUUUGAUUAGUGUUGGUCGCAUUGAUGAAGCUCUUGAUCUUUUGCGUGAGAUGUUGAACAAAGGACACGGUGCUGAUUCAUUGGUUUAUAAUAAUAUGAUAUUGGGUUUUCUUGAGCUUGGUAAUCUGGAUAAAGCUAAUGAGCUUUUUGAUGAGCUUAAGGAAAGGUGUUUGGUUUAUGAUGGUGUUGUCAAUGCUACUUACAUGGAUUGGUUCUUUAAUCAGGGAAGAGAUAAGGAGGCUAUGGAUUCUUACAAGUCAUUAUUGGAUCGCCAGUUUAGAAUGACCCCGGCAACUUGUAAUGUUUUGUUGGAGGUUUUGCUUAAGCAUGGUAAGCAAAAGGAGGCUUGGGAAUUGUUUGAUCAGAUGUUAGAUAAUCAUACUCCUCCUAAUUUUCAAGCUGUUAAUUCUGAUACUUUUAAUGUCAUGGUUAAUGAGUGUUUUAAGCUUGGUAAGGUUGAUGAAGCUGUUGCUACUUUUAGGAAGGUUGGAACCAAACCUAAUUCUAAGCCUUUUAUAAUGGAUGUUGCUGGUUAUCGUAACAUUAUCUCUAGAUAUUGUGAGAGUGGGAUGUUGUCUGAAGCUGAAACACUGUUUCAAGAGCUUUGCUCUAAGUCUUUGAGCCCGGAUGUGCCUACUCACACGACUUUGAUAGAUGGUUAUUUGAAAGCGGAUAGGAUUGAUGAAGCCUUGGGGAUAUUCAACAAAAUGGUGGAUUCUGGUUUGAGGGUGGUUGCUACCUUCGGCAACAGGGUGUUUGAUGAAUUGAUUAAGAAUGGUAAAGCUGUUGAGUGUGCUCAGAUUUUGAGUAAAAUGGGAGAAAAAGAUCCUAAGCCUGACCCCACUUGUUACGAGGUUGUGAUCAAGGGGCUGUGUAAUGAAGGUUUGUUGGAUAAAAGCAAAGAGUUGUUGGACGAGGUUAUGAGGUAUGGCGUUGGGGUAACUUCUGCCUUGCGUGAAUUUGUGACUGAUCUUUUUAAAAAUGAGGGGAGGGGUGAGGAGAUUGAGAGGCUCUUAGACAUGAAUCGAGCUGGAUACAAUCCCCGUCCAAGACCUGCAUACCGUCCACCACCUGGAAGGUCCCCUUCUCCAAUGUCUGGAACACAUAACCCAACUUAUGGGCUUCCACAACAGCGCCCACCACUGCCUUCUGCUCAGAUGUCUGGAGUGCACAACCCAGUGUCUGAAUUUCCAUCUCAAAUGGCAGCACCUCAGCGAUACCAAACACAGCCUUCUCAAGUUGCAGGAACACAUAACCACCCUUCCGGGUAUCCAACUCAAAUGGCAACACAAAACUCCUCACCACGCUUCGAUACUCGAACGGCUGGAGCACGCAACCCGCCUUCUGAGUUUCCUUCUCAAAUGGCAGCACCUCAACAAACACCGCUUUCUCAAGUGGCAGGAACACAUAAUCAAUCUUCUGGAUUAUCGGCUCAAAUGCAAGUACAAAAUUCCCCAACAAACUUUGAUAAUCGAAUGGCUGGAGCACAUAACCACCACUUUCCAUCUGGAUAUCAACCUCAAAGUUCAGGGCAGCAACACCCACAACUGCCUUCUCAAAUGACAGGGCAGCAACUCCCACCACUGCCUCCUCAAAUGGGAGGAAUGCAUCGUCACCCUCCAUGGGGAGCAUCUCCUCCAACGAAUGGGUUCCAAAUGCCAGCAGCUGGACCCUCUCCUAAUUCAACAGGGCAGUCUCACCACCCUCAAUACCAAUAUCCUCCUCAUAUGCAAAGGGUAUCUCCUCAAACAACCCCAAAUCCUUAUACACCGUAUGAACCUUCUCAUCAAAUGGCAGGACAUCAGCCAUAUGGAUCACCAUCUGGGCCCCAGCAAAGGGUAGAGCAACCAUAUCCACCGUCAAGAUUCACUACUCCAAUGUCCGGGCAGCGUUAUCCACUGUCAGGGUCAACUCCUCCAAUGUCAGGGUCUUCUCUUCCAUCAGCUAAAGCACCAGGGCAAUAUUAUGCAGCCCCAGGAACAUCUUCUCAGAUUACAGGAUCAAAUCACCCAUCAUCAGGAGCCCCUCCUCACUUUGAAGAAAUACAUCAACAGCAAUUAGAAGUUCCUGAACAGGUUGCAGUCUGA